UCGAUAUAUAAAGUAAAUCGAUGUAAUUAGCGGCCGUUUCUAUAUCAAUUUUACACCGAUGUGUUUGGUUUACCAUCAUAUUUUGUGAUGUAUUCGUACAAAUAUAAACAGAAGAAUUAACUAAAAAAAAAUACAUAGUUCGAAGGGUCGAAACAUAGGCCUAGUCAAGAUAAAUUUGCCAUUUCAUGAUGCUCUAUACUUAUCUUAGCAACUCUAUGAUUAACAAUCCUUUUGCGUAAUACAUGAUAUUGAGAAAACGUGCAUUUUAUUAUUGGUUAUAUUAGUAAUAAUAACACGAUGAUCACUACGUUAAAUGUAAAUUCUUUAAGUAGAAAUUGCUAUUAAACGAUUUAAUUUUAGUGAUAUUACACAAAAUAUGUAUAUUGCGCACUAUACUGACAUAUUAGAUUCUGUAAUAGGCUGAGUCUUAAUUAAGAAAAGGAUGUGUCAUUGAGAAACCACAAUAUGUACAUGUUCUAAAUAAGGACUAAAAAUAAUACACAAUGUAAAAAAAGAUUUGGCAAACAACAGAUAGUAAAGAAGUAUCAAUUGCAACCAUUCGCUUAAAGUCAUGAAGGCUCGCUUUAUAAAACCUUGAAAAAAAUAUCUAAUAAUCUAUGGUUUUGGAUAAUAUGAUUUGUUUUAAAACACAAGCUACAAUGGCUGAUAACACUGAAAGUGAGCAGUAUCCUCUUCAUAAAUGCAUCUUUCAAGGGGAUAUAAAAACCUUAAGUUCAUUAAUCAGGACGCAUGACCUCAGCCAAAAAGAUAAACAAGGAAAUACACCUCUGCACUUAGCUGUGAUGUUAGGAAGAAAAGAAUGUGUUCUGUUAUUACUCGCCCAUGGUGCACCUGUCAAGGUAAAAAAUUUAGCUGGAUGGAGCCCGCUAGCCGAAGCGAUCAGUUACGGAGACAGGCAAACUAUAUCAUCUUUAGUAAGAAAACUAAAACAACAAGCAAGAGAACAAAUGGAGGAAAGAAGGCCGAGCUUAAUUGCUGCUUUACACCAAAUGGGUGAUUUUUAUAUGGAGUUAAAAUGGGACUUUCAAAGUUGGGUGCCUCUACUAUCAAGAGUAUUACCAUCGGAUAUAUGUAGGAUAUAUAAAAGUGGAGCGUCAAUUAGAAUGGAUACUACUCUUGUAGACUUUAAUGACAUGAGAUGGGAAAGAGGUGACAUAUCGUUUAUUUUUAAUGGAGAUAAGAAACCUGGCAAAUCUCUGACUAUCCUUGACAAUAAGGCUAAACUUUAUCAGCGUUUGAGAUACGAGGAAACAGAGGUUGAAAUUGAAAAUGAGGUUGAUAUCCUUAUGUCUAGUGAUAUAAUGGCCACUCAAAUGUCAACCAAAGGUAUAACAUUUACUAGAGCCCAAACUGGAUGGAUUUUUAGAGAAGACAAAAGGGAAAUGGUAGGACCUUUUACAGCAGACUUUUAUCAAAUUAAUGGUAUGGUAUUAGAAAGUAGAAAGAGGCGGGAACAUUUGAGCGAAGAAGAUUUGCAAAAGAACAAAGCUAUAAUGGAAUCCCUUACAAAAGGAAAUUCGCAAGGGUUUGCAAACGACGAACCUCCUAUGAGAAGAGCAUCUUUAAAUCCACCACCAGAGUCGAAUAUUACAUGGGAAGAAUAUAAACUUGCACCUCCAGGACAAUGUCCUCUUUUAGGCAGAAAUAUGGUUUAUAAAGAAAGUAGUAAGCCCUUCAAAGCAACUGUUGCUAUGAGUCCGGAUUUUCCAUUGACAGUAGACAUGCUACUCAAUGUUCUGGAAGUUGUAGCACCAUUUAAGCAUUUCAACAAAUUAAGACAAUUUGUUCUGAUGAAAUUGCCUCCCGGUUUUCCUGUGAAGAUCGAUAUACCUAUUUUACCUACCGUUACGGCAAAAAUAACAUUUCAAGAGUUUUCCUUUCGUGACGAUGUUGAUCCAGAGUUGUUUCAAGUACCAUCGGAUUACUUCAAAGAUCCUAUGAGGUUUGACGUAAGAUAAGUAAACUGAAUUUUUCACAAGGUCCUUUUUGAAGAUAUCAAGAGUAUCAUUGAUUUUUUGUUCGAUGGGACCAUAUGCUUUUUUAUGCAUUCUAAAUAAAUGCCGCAACCAGAUGAUAUAACGUUUACUUUGAAGUCGGCCUUAAAAAAUUUUCCGAGCGAAUACUUCGUACAAUUAUGCCUACAGAAAAAAAAUAAAUAAAAAAAUGGAAGAGGAAAAACUUUUUCCAUGACUUCUAACAUUCCGAAUUGUACAGUGAUUUGGUUGUGAUACAUAGAUUUAUAACUCGUUUAUCUAAGCUAAACUCAAAAACAAAAAAUGGACACGUUAUUGUAUUAAUAAACUAUAUCGAUCGGAGAGUAAGAGAUAAUCGUUGGUGGAAAUAAAAAAAAAAAGAAAAAAAAAAGAAAAAAAGGAAAAAAAAACAAAAAAAGAACCGGAAAAACUGAAAAAAAAUAGAAAGAAAAAAAGAGUAAAUUAAAAAACGCCAUGCGUGUUUCAAAAAAUCAAAAUGCCAAUAAUAAAUAUUUUUGGUAUUUUGAGAAUCGUGUGCAAAGAAACGUUUCAAUAGAAUUAUGAUAUUGAUGUGCACGUGGAAAGGCUUUGAAAAUAUCUACUUUCAUCAAAUUCCUUUUCUAUAAAUCCGAAAGGCACAUGAAUCGGACAAAUGAAUUCGACUGGAGUUGAGACAGAUGGGCUAUUACAAUACUCUCGAAUUCGAUCAGUCCUUUCAAAUCAAAUAAUCGAUAUCACAUCGAUUUCGUCGCAUCUUGAGUCACGACCAAAAUCAUUCAUAAUUUUUGAUAUAUCGACAUGCAAUCAUUAAAUGAUAGACCGUCUGUACUGCGUAUGUACCUCGAUAUGCAAUAAUUCUUAAUUUAAUAUUUCCUGGUAAAAUGAUCAAUCAAAUAAAAUUUGUUUGGAACUGAAA